CACUGACCCCGCCCUUUCCUGUCCAAGCCCCUCCCUUCUUCAGCUUUUCAGACAGGAGCGCUGCGUAGCGACCAGUAUCUCAAGCGGAGGAGAAAUCUCCCGACUAAUUAAACAGCGUGAUCAGAAAACGGGCGAAUAUCGUCAUAGGAUUUUUCUUCAGUAUCGUAUCUGGCAAGACGACGAGGUCUGGAGUCUGGGCUACGGAUAAGAAACGUCUUGCAUUGUUUAUUUUAUUUUUCUAGGGGUUUGAUUUUAUUAUCACGCGCAGGCGUCGGUACACAAAAGAGCUUUGGAGAUGAUAGUGAUGGUGAUGAUGAUGAUGGAAAAACGGCGUCGCAUCAUGAAUAGAAGCUGGACAACGACAAGACUUUACACCUGGAUGCACUGAAGAGGGAUUUUGGUGCUUGGAAAUCACGGGUUGAUACUGUGUAACAGCCUAGUUGAGGUUUGAAUUCGUGUCCAGAUGUUGUCAUUGUGCUGUGGUCGGCUGCUGUGCUCCUGUAAGAAGGAUGCAUGGGAGUAUGCCAGCUUUCCUGUUGUUUCUCUCCAAUGUGCGCGUUGAUGCACGGUUUGUAUUCGAAGAAACCAGAUUCAGAGAAGUAAUCCGUAUUUAUAAGGACAACCCCUGAGAAAUCUUGAACAAUCUGUGGUUUAUACAAGGUUAUAAACUCUAAGUGUUGAGUUUUGGGAAAUUAAGUUUCGUUGAAAAGAACAAGUCGCUUCGGAGUGACUGCAUCAACCUUGCUUGCAUACUUGAAUUAUUUGAACCUGAAUAACUUAUCAAUGAUGGUAGAGCCUGUGGGAUUUAUCGAGGCCUGGAAGGCACAGUUUCCAGAGUCCGAGCCUCCGAAAAUGGAGCUGAGGUCCGUGGGAGGCAUUGAGCAGGAACUAGACAAGUGCAAGGCGUCUAUUAGGCGGCUGGAGCUGGAGGUGAACAAAGAGCGUUUCCGCAUGAUCUACCUGCAGACACUGUUGGCUAAAGAGAGAAAAAGUUAUGACAGACAGCGCUGGGGAUUCAGGAAGACGCAGAUGGCCGAGGGGGACGCUCAAGCAGGUGGACCUGACCCCCAGCACUCACAAACGCAGGAGCUUAGUCAGGGGGAUCGCACCCGAUUCCAGCCUGUAGGAGAAGCCAGGCCUAAACCGCGGCCUCCUCCGGCAAGGAAAUCCGCCUCGCAUGGAGAUGGACUGGAACUGCAGUCAGCUUAUGAGCCCCACCAGCUAGGGCAGGGUGGUGAGACAGAUGGGCUUUCACCAUCUAAACAGAGGGGAGGAGUGUCUCCUCGCAGGCCGCAUCCUCCUCCUGACAAGGAGCUCCCAUCUGACCCAAGUCCCAAGGAUAAACCAGGCAUGGGACUUGGCGUGGCCGCUUUGCGCUCCAACUUUGAGCGGAUCAAACGAGCCAAUUCGCACUCAGCCGGAGACGGAAGAGGAGGCCAGGACAAGCAGCCUUUUUACGCCAACAUGGAAUUCCAUCAUGAUAAGGGCCUGGUGCGAGUGAACGAUCGUGACGUCUCGGACAAGAUCAGUUCCCUCGGCACACAGGCCGUGCAAAUGGAGCGCAAGAGGUCCCUCCAUUCCCUGCCAGGCAAUUUGGCCACAGUCGCCGGUGACCCACGACCCAGGCCUGUCUGUAGGGGCCGAUCCAGCGAGAGCACUUGCGGCUAUGAUGCCGAAUGUGAAGAUGGAGAACCCAACCCUCGGUACAACAGAGAUUGCACUGCUCGGCCCAAUGGAAACAAACCACCACCUCCUCCAUGGCAGCCGUCAGAUUUUCAGCCCUAUAGUGGGGUUUAUGUGACCAGUGAAAGCGGUGAUGGUCGGGUCACGAUGCGAGAGCAUGCCAGCAACGAUGACCAUCACCUCACCUGGCCGAGGAGAUCCUACUCACCUGGAAGCUUGGAAGACGUUGGAGGAGGAGGGGGUGGUUACACGCCCGACUGUAGCUCCAAUGAGAACUUGACCUCCAGCGAGGACGACUUCUCGUCAGGACAGUCGAGUCACGUGUCUCCUAGCCCAACCGCCGCCUUCCGCAGGCCAUUCAGGGAGAAAAGCCGCUCACCCUCACAGAACUCGCAGCACUCGUUGGACAGCAGUAGCCCUCCGACGCCGCAGUCCCAGAAGAGACACAGGCAGCCACACGUGGUUGUUUCAGAAGCCACUAUUGUUGGUGUACGCAAAACGGGACAGAUCUGGCCCCAUGAUGGAGACUCCACCCCCUCUAUUAGGACAUCCCAUGACAACAGUUACCAUGGAGAUCUCGAUGGUCCAUUCACGGGCACUCCUCCCACAUAUGGUUACGAUGCGGACCGGGCCGAGGAGCAGAGGCGUCACCACGAAAUCUUGCCCUACAUCGACGACUCUCCGUCGUCCUCGCCGUAUCUCAGCUCCAAGAGCCGCAGCAGCAGAGACACACUAUCCUCUGGCUCACUCGAGUCCUCCAAGUCUGCGGACCUGGACCUGGAGAAAGGGCUGGAGAUGCGCAAGUGGGUUUUGUCUGCAAUCCUGGCCAGUGAGGAGGUCUACCUCAGCCACCUGGAGGCGCUGUUGCUGCCCAUGAAACCACUGAAAGCUGCGGCCACCACGUCACAGCCGGUCCUGACCAUCCAGCAGAUCGAGACCAUCUUCUUCAAAGUGCCUGAGCUCUACGAGAUCCACAAAGAGUUCUAUGACAGCCUCCUUCCCAGAGUGCAACAGUGGAGCCACCAUCAGCGUGUGGGAGACCUCUUCCAAAAACAAGCCAGUCAGCUAGGAGUGUACCGGGCGUUCGUGGACAACUAUGAACUAGCCGUGGAGACGGCAGAGAAGUGCUGCCAAGCCAAUGCACAGUUCGCUGAGAUCUCCGAGAACCUGAAAGUCCGAAGUACCAAAGAGUGCAAGGACCAGAUAGCCAAGUACUCACUGGAAACUCUCCUUUAUAAACCAGUGGAUAGAGUAACAAGAAGCACACUAGUUUUACAUGAUCUGCUAAAGCACACACCCUCCAGUCACCCAGACCACCCCCUCCUCCAAGACGCCCUGCGAAUCUCGCAGAACUUCCUGUCCAGCAUCAAUGAGGAAAGCACACCACGUCGCCAGUCCAUGACCGUGAAAAAGGGCGAGAAUCGGCAGCUGCUGAAGGACAGCUUCAUGGUGGAGUUGGUGGAAGGAGCGAGGAAGCUGCGACACGUUUUCCUCUUCACUGACCUGCUGCUCUGCGCCAAGCUCAAGAAACAGAUUGGCGGGAAGAGUCAACAGUAUGACUGUAAAUGGUACAUUCCACUGUCAGAUCUGACCUUCCAGGCAGCAGAGGAGACGGAGCCCGUCCCGAUCCCGCAGGUCCCGGACGACGAGCUAGAUGCCGUUAAGAUCAAGAUCUCUUCCCUCAGGAGUGAGAUUCAGAGAGAGAAGAGAGCCAACAAAGGGUCAAAAGUCAUCGAGAGGCUGAAAAAGAAGCUGUCAGAACAGGAGUCCCUGCUGCUUCUGACGUCUCCCAACAUGCCUCUGCGAGCGUAUAACAGAAACGGCAAGAGCUACAUGUUCCUGAUCUCCUCUGACUACGAACGUGCCGACUGGAAGGACAUGAUUCGGGAACAGCAAAAGAAAUGCUUUAAGAGUGUGUCCCUGACCUCCAUGGAGCUCCAGAUGCUCACCAACUCCUGUGUUAAACUCCAAACUGUCCACCACAUCCCUCUGACCGUCAACAAGGAAGAGGAUGAAUCACCUGGACUUUAUGGCUUUCUGAAUGUAAUCAUCCAUUCUGCCUCUGGACUAAGGCAGAGCUUAAAUCUGUAUUGCACGAUGGAGGUGGACUCGUUUGGCUUAUUUGUGAACAAAGCCAAGACACGUGUGUACAGAUAUACUACAGAGCCCAAAUGGAACGAGGAGUUUGAGAUUGAGCUGGAAGGCUCUCAAACACUGAGACUGCUUUGCUAUGACAAGAGCUACAAUAAAACCAAGAUGAGCAGAGAGGACGGAGAGAGCACAGACCGCAUUAUCGGCAAAGGACAAAUUGUGCUGGACCCUCAGAUGCUUCAGGGUAAAGACUGGCAGAGGACCGUCAUUCCUAUGAACGGGAUUGAGGUGAAGUUGUCUAUGAAGUUCACAAGCAGAGAGUUCAGCCUGAAGCGAACAUCCUCGUGUAAACAAACAGGAGUGUUUGGAGUGAAGAUUUCCACGGUGACCAAACGAGAGCGUUCGAAGGUUCCCUACAUUGUCAGACAGUGUCUGGAAGAGAUUGAAAGGAGAGGAAUGGAGGAGGUCGGCAUCUACCGCGUCUCAGGAGUCGCCACUGACAUCCAGGCUCUCAAAAACGCCUUUGACACCAAUAAUAAGGAUGUCUCCGUGAUGAUGAGUGAGAUGGACGUCAACGCCAUCGCUGGAACUCUUAAGCUUUAUUUCCGGGAGCUUCCAGAGCCGCUUUUCACUGAUGAACUGUAUCCCAACUUUGCUGGAGGCAUCGCUCUCUCAGACAGCGUGGCUAAAGAGAGUUGCAUGCUCAACCUGCUGCUGUCUCUUCCUGAACCCAACCUGGUCACCUUCCUCUUUCUACUGGAUCACCUGAAGAGGAUUGCUGAAAAGGAGAGCGUGAAUAAGAUGUCUCUGCACAACCUGGCCACAGUGUUUGGACCGACUCUGCUCAGACCGGCAGAAAAAGACAGCAAGAUUCCAACGAACCCCACACAGCCCAUCACCAUGGGAGACAGCUGGUCCCUUGAGGUCAUGUCACAGGUACAAGUCCUGCUGUACUUCCUCCAGCUGGAGACUAUUCCCACUCCGGACAGCAAGAGACAGAGCAUCCUGUUUUCCACCGAGGUCUAGAACAAAGCACGCUGAGGAUGAACUCCAGUAAGUGAACUGAUGGAAGAGAGAGACCCCUGCUGGACACUAGCAGGAAUAACCACACUCUCUCAUGAGGUCUACACACAGCUACUGAAGGGCACCCGCGGCUCACACAGAUCAUAAUACUCACUCUUUCCGGAGCAUCCUGACACGGCUUAGUGAUUUCUGAACAUUAGUAUUCUGCUCUGCUCCUUUUGCUGUCCUGUCAGGAACUGUGUAGACUGUGGGCCAGCGAUGUAUCCUUGUAUCCUGUAUCCUUGCACACGUUCCGAUCAGCCAGUGCGGUUCGAGCCUC